CAAUGCGACGGCUCCUGAAGCCUCACUGCCACCGUCUAGCUUGCUUUGUGAAACACUGUCAGAAGUGUCACCGAGUUCAGAAAGAAUCUCAUCGGCAACAGGCAGACAAGAAAAUGAAGAAGAUGCCAAAAAUGUAUCCAGCCAGCCAGAAGAGUUUACAGAAAGAACAUCAACGUGAAGAUGAUGUCUCUGAAAAGAGGAACAAAAGAAAGGGUAGGACUAACAUUCAGAGACCCCGCAAAAUUAUAAACCGUAUGAAGGUGAAAGACUGUAAUCCUCAAUAUAUGGGCCCAGAUGAAGACUUAAACAGAUUGGGCUCCAGUUUGGGCAGACGCUGCUACUUGAAGGACAGUAAAGCCCACAAGCCGUCAGAAUCCACGAAGACUAACACAGUGAGGCUUGAGAAGAAAUUGUGUCCAAAUCAAACUGGAGAAGAUUUUCAGGAGAAUGACAACUUGUCCUCUCUUCAGAGUCGUCCACAAAUUAAACAACCUGAUAAGAAUAGGAAGAAACUGGCAUCUGCAACAAAGAACUUGGUAACGGCCUCUCAGCACCCUAGAUUUCAGCCCAUUGUGAAGCUAACAAGGAUCGAUGCCAUCAAAUCUCAAGGAGUGUACAAUCUAAAUCCAAUCCGCCAACAGUGUGUGGGAACAUUUAAAUACAAAUUGAAUUCUAAAGAUAAUGGAGGGAUUCAUGGGAGUAAGAAACCGUUUCACUGUGUUGAAGGUGGGAAACAAUUCUCAGAUAGUCACAUGCCUAAGAAGCGUAGAGAAGAUAAUACAGGGAAGGAGCCACACCACCGUUCUGAAUGUGUUAAGAACUUUUCAAAACCCUGCCAUAUCACAACUCCCAUUGUAGAGAAACCAUAUUUGUCUAAACGUGGCAAACGAUUCUCACAAGUGAGCCACCUUCAGACACACAUGAUUGGUCAUGAAGGACAGGGUUUAUGUCAUUGUUUACCACAUGAUGGACAUUUUUUUGACAAGAGCAGUCUUUGCAAACACAAAAGAAUUCACAAUGGAGAGAAACCAUAUUGUUGUUCUGAAUGUGGCAAACGGUUCUCAAAAACAAGCCAUCUUCAGACACACAUGAGAGUGCACACAGGAGAACAGCCAUUUUCCUGUUCUGAAUGUGGCAAACGGUUUUCACGAUCAAGCAUUCUUCAUACACACAUGAGAGUGCACACAGGAGAACAGCCAUUUUCCUGUUUUGAAUGUGGCAAACAAUUUUCAGAUAGCAGUAAUUAUCGCAGGCAUUUAAGAGUUCACACUGGUGAGAAGCCCUAUUGCUGUCCUGAAUGUGGCAAAAGAUUUUCCAACACAAGCAGUCUUCUGCGUCAUGCAGGAGUCCACCUUGAAGACCAUCCUUAUGCCUGUUCUGAAUGUGGCAAGAAAUUCUCACAAAGUGGCAUUCUUCAGACACACAUGAGAGUGCACACAGGAGAACAGCCAUUUUCCUGUUCUGAAUGUGGCAAACAUUUUUCAGAUAGCAGUAAUCAUCGCAGGCAUUUAAGAGUUCACACUGGUGAGAAGCCCUAUUGCUGUCCUGAAUGUGGCAAAAGAUUUUCCAACACAACCAGUCUUCUGCGUCAUGCAGAAGUCCACAAUAAAGACCGUCCUUAUGCCUGUUCUGAAUGUGGCAAGAAAUUCUCAAAAAGAGGCAAACUUCAUAAACAUAUAAGAACACACAUUUGAUAGAGGCCAUACUCGUUUCCUGAUUGUGACAAGCUAUUCACCGAUAACAGCAGCCUUCAUAGACACAACAGAAUUCAUUCUGGAUUACGGCCAUAUUGUUGCUCUGAAUGUGGCAAGCGAUUCAUACAACCGUGCAGUCUUCAGUGACACGUAAGAAGUCACACAGGAGAAAAGCCAUACCGUUGCUCUAAGUGUGGAAAAACAUUCAUAGAGAAAACUCAUCUUCAAGGACAUAUGAAAAUUCAUGCUAAAAAGGCAAAGUCCAAAGAGACUGUAAAUAACAAAAAGAAAAAUCUGAAAUAAUUCAGUCAGGUGUGGAAAGAAAAUUGGAAUUGCUCUGCUAGUUGGUUACACAGAAUGCAUUUGACAAAAAGUUGCAGACUCAUUUUAGGCAACCCUGCUUAUUAAUUUACUGUAAGUGGCUUUUGCACUAAUGACUAUUGCACAUUGUACACAGGUCUACUUUACAAGUUCUAAUGUUAUUUAUCUUAUGUUAUACUUCUAUACGUUUUAAUAUUUU